CUCUGUACACAUCUGGCAGCGCAAUAUUGCAUCAGGCGUGAUAGGCGAGCACGAAGAAAGGGCAGACAGUCGAGCAGAAGCUUCAAGUCCGAAGGUUGAUCACCUUGAUGUCCGAAAGUCGAUAACCUUGAGGUCCGAAAGUCGCCUAGCAUCUUGCAUGCCGGCCAGAAUCUUGCAUGUCGCCUAGACCUUGCAUGUCGCCUAGAUCUCGCUGUCGCCUAGAGUCUUGCUGUCGCCAGAGCCACGGCAGGAAAGAGCCUCGCGGACGCGGCGCGCACCAACGGGCCCCCGGACGGCCACAGAAAGUACGACACCGCUCUCCCAGAGCGCUGCGCAGGCCAACGCACGCCGGUUUGCCCGAACAGGGGGAAGGCGGGGCACAGCGCACGGACGGACGGGGACUUCAGCGAGCGAGCGAGGAGGGAGUUGGCCCAACCUCGGUAGGGAAUCGGACCCAGCCCUGCUCACCACGAAGUCCCCAAAACCGCCAACACGCUGCGCUCCCGCGCCCGUCUGCCCACAGCAUCCGACCCCGCCUCGACCGACGCUCCGCCUAUUCUGCUACGACCUCCCGCCCGCACGCCGAGUCGACGAUCCGGACGGGCUGUAUCACAGAGGGCGAGAGUUGUUCGACGGUAGAGACGGAAGGAGCCCGAACUCAGUCCCCCGGGGAUUGAUGGCGGGGAGGGUUGGCUUAUAUACGCUGACAAUCCACAGUAGGUGUUGAGAGACGAGACUUUUGAGGGGAUUCGGAUGCUGGGAAGGGGCUGAAACGGAGGCUAGCGUGAUUAAAGGGCAGACCGGAGCGAUUAGGAAGACGAGAUGUGCUCUUCAAGAGCGCCUGAGGUUGCAUUGAGCCGGCAGAGCGUUGACGUGAGUGAUCUCAUCGUAGAGGAACUGCUACUAUGUUCUUGCGCACCGCUCGAGGCGAGAUGGGGGACGG